CCCCCAUCCCCCCUUCCUCUCGAUUCUUCCCUGUCCCUCAGCGGAAGUUUCCCCUCAUCAUGUCGCUGUCUAUGCCAGGCCCCUCCCAGGCGGGUCUCUUCAAGCCUGGGUACCAGAGCCACGAUGCCGAGGAUGGUGCGGUCAUUCGCAACAUCGAGGCCUGCCAGGCCAUUGCCCAGACCGUCCAAACGUCGCUGGGCCCCUACGGUCGCAACAAGAUCGUCAUCAACCACCUCCAGAAGAUGAUCCUCACCUCCGACGCCGCGACCAUCCUGCGCGAGCUGGAUGUCGUGCACCCUGCCGCCAAGCUGCUGGUGAUGGCCAGUCAGCAGCAGGAUGCGGAGAUGGGUGACGCCACCAACCUCGUCAUCAUCCUCGCCGGAGAGUUGCUGAAGAAGGCCGAGGAGUUGCUGCGGAUGGGCUUGAAGACGAGUGAUAUCGUGCAGGGUUACGAGAAGGCACAGAACUUUGCUCUCCAGGUACUAGAAGACCUCGAAGUCGAUAGCCUGAAGGAACUCCGCUCCGAGGCCGAGCUCAGCAAGGCUCUGCGCACAGUCGUCGCCAGCAAGCAGUCCGGCACGGAAGACCUCUUGGCCUCGUUGGUGGCCGAGGCCGUCCUCGCCGUUCUGCCCAAGAACCCCGUCAACUUCAACGUCGACAAUGUCCGCGUGGUCAAGAUCAUGGGUGGUAGCUUGGAGCAGUCCCGCGUCAUCAAGGGUAUGGUCCUUGGCCGCGAGCCCGACGGUGUGAUCAAGAAGGCACAGAAGGCCAAGGUCGGUGUCUUCAGCUGCCCCCUGGACAUCUCCCAGACCGAGACCAAGGGCACCGUGCUUCUGAAGAGCGCCCAGGAGAUGCUGGACUUCACCAAGGGCGAGGAGGAGCGUCUGGAGGCUGCCAUCAAGGAGCUGUACGACUCCGGCCUGCGGGUCGUUGUCUGCGGUUCUACCGUCGGCGAUCUCGCCAUGCACUACCUCAACCGCUUCAACAUCCUCGUCAUCAAGAUUCUGUCCAAGUUCGAGCUGCGUCGUCUCUGCCGUGUGGUCGGCGCCACCCCUCUCGCUCGUCUGGGUGCCCCCAUGCCCGACGAGAUGGGCUCCAUCGACAUCGUCGAGACUACCGAGAUCGGCGGUGACCGUGUCACUGUCUUCCGCCAAGAAGAUUCCAACGCCGUCACUCGCACGUCCACCAUCGUCCUGCGUGGCGCCACCCAGAACCACCUUGAUGACGUCGAGCGUGCCAUCGACGACGGUGUCAACGCGGUCAAGGCCAUCACCAAGGACGCCCGUCUGGUCCCUGGUGCGGGUGCUACUGAGAUCCAGCUGGUGGAGAGGAUCUCUGCCUUUGCCGAUCGGACCCCCGGCCUGCCCCAGCACGCCAUCCGCAAGUACGCCGAGGCCUUCGAGGUGAUUCCCCGCACCCUGGCCGAUUCUGCUGGCCUGGACGCCACCGAGGUUCUGUCCCGUCUCUACACUGCCCACCACCAGACGAACAACGGCGAGUCGUCAGAGGAGUCGGAAGGCAGCUCCGAGGAGGAGCCUUACUGGACCACUGGUGUGGAUCUGGAGAUCGGUUCCUCGACCGGCACUCUGGACACCGUGGAGGAGGGCAUCCUGGACCUUCUGGCGUCGAAGAGCUGGGCCAUCCGUCUCGCGAGCGAGUCCGCCCGGACGGUGCUCAGCGUCGACCAGAUCAUCGUUGCCCGGCAGGCGGGUGGCCCCAAGCCCCCGGGUCCCAACCCCAACUGGGACGAGGACUGAAUGUGCGAUGACACGUGGUAGAUCCGAUGGGCCUAGGACACAAAAUGUGAUAGAGACACGAUAUUCAUGAAAGAGUGUAUAAUGCCUUGGGAGGUAGUGGUAAUAGUGUUCUGUUCAUGUCAAUAAUUGGAGCCACGAACUGGGAUUCCCGGACAGUCCAGGACGACGUGCCGUAGAGUCUCGCAGAUGUGAUUUCAGUCAGUAAAUGGGUG